UACGAUCCAUUGUUUUGUUUACUAAAAUAAUCUUAGAGCAUUAAUGGGUUUUGCUGCUUCAACUUCAACUACGUGUUUGUUGUUUCUUCUACUGCUUUUGCUUCCAGUCUCCGCCGUUGCUCAGACCAACAAUGGAAGGGUAGAGGUGGGAGCAUCUCUCACUGCAAAUAACGACGCCUCUCCAUGGCUUUCUCCUUCUGGGGAUUUCGCAUUUGGGUUUCACCAACAUCAAAACGUCGGCGUUUUCUUGGUUUCGAUAUGGUUUGAUAAGAUACCUGGUACAACUAAAACCCUUGUCUGGUAUGCAUUCGAGAAUGGCAGCCCUGUUCUUGCGCCGGCGGGGUCGGUGAUCCAGUUAACUGGUAGAAAUGGGCUGGUUUUACGUAAUCCCAGAGGCGAGCAACUAUGGAGAUCGGAUAUAACCAUGGAUGAAGUUGGCUAUGCUGUUAUGAAUGAUACAGGCAAUUUCGCGAUUCGGAGUCGUAAUUCAGACUUGUUAUGGCAGAGCUUCGAUCGACCUACUGAUACCUUGUUGCCAACUCAGAUAGUGGAGAUCAAUGGGAGGCUGUUUUCUCGACGAAGUGAGAACAACUUUUCACAAGGAAGGUUUCUGCUCAGUCUACAGGAUGAUGGGAAUCUUGUUCUGAGCGCUGUAAAUUUGCCUACUAAUUUGGUUUAUGAUGGACCGUAUUAUAGUACCAGUACGAAUGAUGCUGCAAAUUAUUCCAACUCCGGUGAACGAUUGAUCUUCAACGAAUCAGGCGAAGUGUAUGUUUUGAGAAAGAACAAUCGGAGAUUCUCUCUCGCAACGGGAGCGACGCUUCUGACUCCGACAGCUGAUUUCUAUCAGAGGGCAACUCUCGAUUUUGAUGGCGUUUUUGCUCAGUAUUAUUAUCCCAAGAGAAGCAGCGGUGAGGACCGAAAGUGGUCUACUGUUUGGUCUAAACCAGAUAAUAUUUGUCUUCGAGUUGGGGAUAAGGGUAGCGGCGCUUGUGGAUUUAACAGCAUAUGCAGCUUAAACGAAAAUGGAAGGCCAACUUGUACAUGCCCACCAGGAUUCUCUUUACUCGAUCCAGAUGAUAAGUACGGUAGCUGCAAACAAGACGUUGAAUUAAGCUGCAGAGAUGAUGGAGGAACGGCCGAGGAAGACCUGUAUGAUUUUAAAGUGCUAAUAAACACCGAUUGGCCAAGAUCUGACUACGAGCAGUUCCAACCUUACAACGAGCAGGACUGCCAAACAUCUUGUUUGCAUGAUUGUAUGUGUGCCGUUGCCAUCUUCAGAGAAGACAGCUGCUGGAAAAAGAAACUGCCGCUUUCCAAUGGAAGGGAAGACAGUGGCGUUAAUGGUAAGGCAUUUAUUAAAGUUGCCAAAGUCGACCCUACUCCACCAUCAGUCCCUGAUAUUCCAGAUCGCGUUGAAGAAAAGAAGCAAGGCACUUUGAUCAUCACUGGAUCAAUACUCUUGGGUACCUCUGUAUUUGUAAACCUCGCCUUGGUUGCUGCAUUUUGCCUUGGGGUUUUCUCCAUUUACCAGAAAAAGUUCCCCAUAAUACUAACCAAGUUGGAUUGGAAACAAAGAUGAAGGUUUUCACCUACAAAGAACUUGCAGAAGCUACAAAUGAUUUCAAGGAAGAGCUCGGAAGAGGGGCCUUUGGUAUUGUUUACAAAGGAACAAUAGGGACGAGUAGCGUGGCGGUGAAGAAAUUAGAUAGAGUGGUUCGGGAAGGAG